ACAGCCAGGCCGGGGCCAGGCUGGACUGCCCUGGGAUGGCGGAGCAGUGGAGCCUGGACGAGGAAGUGCUCCGCCGCAUGGGGGCGCUGACCCAGGAGGAGCCGGAGUUGGUGGAGUCUCUUUCACUGCAGGGAUCCUAUGUAGGAAAAAUUCAUUCCAUUGGUGAGACCUUCAAAAAAUUUAAAAAUCUCCGAUCCUUAGAUCUAUCAAGAAAUUUAAUCUCUAGUCUGCAGGGUAUCGAAUAUUUAUCUUCACUCCAAGAUCUGAAUUUAUAUUACAACAACAUUCCUUCAUUAGCAGAGGUGUCUCGCCUGCAGGCUUUACCUUGUCUAAAAGAGCUAGAUUUGAGACUCAAUCCUGUUGUCAGGAAAGAUACAGACUAUAGACUCUUUGCUGUACAUGUACUACAAAAUCUGGAAAAGUUGGAUGACCGAGUAGUCCGGGACAGUGAGCGGAAAGCUGCCAAACUUCAUUUUAGUCAACUGGGCAGCAAUGAAAAUUUCCUCUUUGAUGUGGAAAAUAAGAGGGAGAAAACCUUGAAAAACUGUGUGAUGGAUGAAAGGUCACCAACAAAACUUGAAACAGAUGUUGAUAACCGGAUUGAAACAGAAUUAAGCAAAGGGCUUUUUCUUCCUCUCCCCAACCGGGAAAUAAAGGAUUCACUAACAAGUGUUUCUUCAAUUCAAGCCAGUGAUCAAGAUGAUCAGAAGCUAGACACUUUCCCACUGGGAACCCAGCUACAAGAGGUGGCAAGAAGGGAGCUACCGGGUGAUGGUCACCAGGAAGAUGAAUUCAGAUGCUACCCAUCUCUCCAAUCUUCAGUCCGAUCUCCAGACAAGAUGGCUAAAGAAGCAUACCGACUAACAUUUUCAGAUGAUAAAUCUAUAGGUUCUUCUCCAGAAAAAGAGUUGAUAUCAAAGACUGAUGUUUAUCAGCUUAGCCAUGAAGCCUUAUCAAGUAAACGCUUGGAUGUGGGUGAUUCAAGCCAGAUCCAUCCCUACCAGUUACCUAAAGAUAUUAAUCUAGAUAAUUAUAAUAGUCACUAUCCUCAUUCCAUAACCUCACAUGGAAGUUAUAGCAAGAAAUCCCAGACUCAUCAUAGAAGCAAGAAUUACCAAGAUUAUAGUACAAAAUCUUUGAAUGACACAAAGUCCCCUUCAUCCUAUUCCUGUGGAGAUAUAAUGACUUCUUUGAGUGACUCAGAUUCUGCCACUGGAAGACUGCUGAAGCUUAGUUCAGAUCUGUACAACACAAGCCAUUUUAACAAUGAGUCAUCUCUGCUGGCCAGCAUUGAACAGCAGUUAUCUAUGGGUCUUGCUGAUUUAACACAAACACAUGGUUCCUUUACAAGUAAUGCUGCUAUGGGAAAUUCUCUACGGACAUUUCUGUCUCAAGGGACUCAAGAAGACAGGGGACUUUUGGCCAAAAGGUCCAUAAGCCCAACUAGAAGAGGAUUUAAGAGGAAGGACAAUCUUCUUUCAAGCAUGGUGCCAAAUCAUGGUCUUAAAGAUGUUACCAACAAUGAGCCUCUCUCUAGUGACCUGGGCAGUUUGCAUGGUUUGCAAGGAAACCAUAGUCCCCCACCUAUUGCCAGGACUUCCCAUGUGGCCAGGGUGCUCCGGCAGCUGUUGGAACUAGUAGACAAGCACUGGAACGGCUCAGGGUCUCUGAUUAUCAACAAGAAGUUCCUGGGUCCUGCCCGAGAUAUGCUUCUGAGUUUGGUGGUUCCCAAUCCUUCUCCACAGUGGACCCGUUCACUGCCUGAAGAAAGCCUGAAAGCCUCACGAAGAAGAGACCUUGACUUAAAGGAUAUAGGGCAGUUCCCUGGUAUCCCGAAUGAUCUGGAAGCAUUGAAGCAGAAGAUGGUCAGGGUACUGGAGGAAAAUCUCUUUUUGUCUGAAAAAGUACAGCUGUUGGAGGAAAAUGCAUCCAACUCUGGUGUGGGUGGGCACCAGUCUCACAGUUAUGAUGAAUUACUUCGUAAAAAUCAACAGCUGAAUUUGCAGGUGGCUUGUCUAAAUCAGGAACUUAACCAGCUGAAGAAAGUAGAGGAGACAGUGCACCUUCUUCAGGAAAGUCAGAGGUCCCUGGUUACAACCAAUGAGUAUCUGCUACAACAAUUGAAUAAAGAACAAAAAAAUUAUCCGGGAAAAGCAGUCCUGCCUCCUGAGAAGAGUCACCGAGUAGGGAGAACAUCACCUUUUGGGAAAACCUUACAGUCUUCCUUAUCUCAGACAACUCAUGAUGGCGAGUCAAGUCAAAGAGAAAGGCUUAGCGAAGGAUUAGAAACUUACAUGCUUCGCUGAUUUGGAGGCAGCCUGUGUGGAAGAGAAAGGAAAGCAGUGGCAGUAAAGAAGAAGAUCGCACCCCAGAUACAAUGUAUUUGAGUUAUAAAUAAAUCCAUGGACCACUUUGGGCGUUAUGCUGGA